GGCACCAGACACACAACAAGAGGGAGACAUCAGUCCACAGACCAGAGAGAGACCAGGCCAGACCCACUCAACAGUCAGCCAAACGAUGGGGUGGAGAACCCAUCUCUUACUAUUUCUUACAGGGUUGUAUUUGCCUUCUCCAUGCCUUCCUUAUCAGUACCACUUUGUGGAAAAAUGGAUAACCUGGAAGGAAGCACAGACCUACUGCAGAGAUAUGUACAUUGACCUGGCCACCAUAGGCAAUAUUGAGGAUAUGAACAGAUUGAUGAAAAUGGACAGGUUUAGUGUUAAUAAUUGGAUAGGCACUGUCUGGAUAGGGCUGUAUGAUGAUAUGGUUAACAGCUGGGGGUGGUCUCUUGAAGACAGUGACUACUACGGUAAGGGAGAGGCUGAGUUUAGACACUGGCAGAGCGGUGCACCUGAUAACAUUGCGGAACAACCCUGUGUGGUCAUUACAAAUGGGAUGUGGAAAAAUCAGGAUUGCAAGCUGGAGCGUUCCUUCAUCUGCUGCACCGGCGAGAGAAAUAACAGUCCGAGAUUUAUCUUAGUAAAUGAAACAAAAAAAAGCUGGGGUGAAGCUCAGAACUACUGCAGAAAUCGCUACCGAGACCUGGCCAGUGUGAGGAACCAGGCUGAGAACCAGGAGAUUGAGACCUUGGUUGGUGAUAGUGACGUGUGGAUUGGCCUGUUUAGCGACUCCUGGAAGUGGUCAGAUGGCAGUGGUUCCUCAUUUAGGCACUGGAAGUUGGGAGAACCCAAUAACAAUGACAGUAAACCUCAAUGUGGUGGAGCAGUGUUAAAGGAAGGAAACACAGUUUCAGACGAAUGGACAGAUUGGCCCUGUGAUAAUACUUGGCAACCCUUUGUUUGCUACAGCAUUCCUCCAGUGAAGACGACACAGAAGGUGGUGCGAGUGAGACUGACCCCGAAUGACCAAAACAUGGACAUGAAUGAUCCUGUCGUACAGGAGGCCAUCUUACAGCAAAUAAAGAACGAGCUGAGGGAGAAGGGGAUGUCUGAUGACGUCAAACUGAGAUGGAAGGAGCAACCGGAUGGGAAGAUCUUCCACAAAUAAGAAAAGGGGGUUCCCAAAGAUGGAGAGAGAACCAGUUAUGACAAAAAGAGGAUUGUAAAUGUUAUUAUAUUUCUUGAUUCGUAGGAAAACUCUCCCCCUAUAUAUUAUUUUAGCUGAUUUUGAGUUAUAUAUCAUAUUUUACAUUCACACAUUAAGAUUGUUACUAUCCUUAAUUAAUUAAAUGAUUUAAAAUGAUUCAUUAUUUUGUGAACAUCUAUGUAUUCCUAGAGCAGGGAUCAUCAACUAGAUUCAGCCGCGUGCCGAUUUCGUUCUUGAGCAGAUGGUCAGGAGGCCGGAACAUCAUUUCAAAUCAUUUGUAGACAGCAAAUUGACCAUUAAGUCCAAACAGACUUUGAAAUGCAUCUCAAUAUUAGGAAGGUGUUUUUAAUGUUUUGUGCACUCGAUGUAUAUCAUUCUAUUUGCGUUAGAAUACUUUAGAACAGAUUCCCCAAGUUAAAAUCACUCGGAGCUGAUUUGCUGGUGUUUUUAGUCUUUUAUGUCCAACAACAACAAUAAAUGUAUCCUUUGGGCCACCAGUUGGGGAACCCUGUCCUAGAGUAUGUAUUACAUUACAUAUAUUAUAUCACUGUAUAUGCUGUUGCAAUCAUUAACAAUUAACAGGCAGAUAGGGAAAAAGGGGGUGGAGAAAAGGGGGAAGAGGAGAACGAAGAGAAAGACAGAGAUCUAACUCCAAAUGAUGUCGGAUCAUAUAAGUGACUUAUAACCUUUUGGCUUUAGAUAUCAUCGGACAUUUUGUAUGAAAUAUCAUUUGAGGGUGUAUUAUAAACGUGUGUUAAGAUAUCUCGACUUUCUUUUGUGGGGAGAUUAUUCAUUUGAUUUGAUUGACAAUUUAAAAACACGGAUAGAAUUCAUUUAAAAUCAUUGAGGAUAAAAAUGUACAUAGUGUAAAAACCUAUUUCCAUUUGGUCCUCUUGUUUUAUUUAAUUAUAAUCAUGACAUUACAUUAAUUUUUUUUAAAACGCCAUAAAUAAAGUACAAAUUUUCUGGAAUUAGUGUUGUUCUUUGUAAUUUGGAAGCAAAUGAUAAUAAAGGAUGUCUACUUCA